AUGGGUUUAUAUGAGGGUGCGCACUUGGUUCUGUGGAGGAAGUUGUCUGUGAGCCACUUUUGGGGAGACUGCCGCCAGCACGGCGUCACCGUGUUCCAGUACGUCGGCGAGAUCUGCCGAUACGUCCUCAGCCAGCCCAAGAACAAGCUGGACCGCUUGCACUCGGUUCGCAUGACCGUGGGGAAUGGAAUGCGAGCAGACGUGGGGGCGCGUUUUCUUGAGCGGCACGGGGACGUGAGAUUCUGCGAUAUCUACGGCGCCACCGAGGGCAACGUGGGCUUCGUCAACGUGGAUGGAAAGCUCGGGGCCUGCGGCCGGGACCUGCCCUUCCUGCGUCUCCUGAUAAAGUAUGCUCUGGUUAAGUAUGUACAUGAAAAGGAUGGAACCGUGCGUGAUGACAAGGGCUUCUGCAUCCCCUUACCCAGAGACACACCAAGAUUGAAUGAUUCCUUGUUUCUGUCGAUAAGGUGGAAAGGUGAGAACGUCUCGACCAUGGAGGUGGCAGACACUCUGAGUGACCUGGACUUCAUCAAGGAAGUCACAGUGUACGGUGUCACCAUCCCAAAUAACGAGGGCCGGGCCGGCAUGGCAGCUGUGAUCCUCGAGGAGGGCCACUCGCUCGACGGCCCGGAGCUGUACCGCCACGUUGUAGGACACUUGCCAAUCUACGUCCGCCCUUACUUCAUCCGCUUGCAGGAAGCAUUGGAGUUGACGAGCACAUUCAAGCAGAUCAAGACGCACCUCUUGCAGGAGGGCUUCAACCCGGCGCUCAUCCGUGCGCCCCAGUUUUACCUGGACAAUGCAGCGUGCAGCUACACGCCGCUAACGCGACAAAUCUACGAGGGCAUCGUCAGCGGCAAAGUGAAGCUUUGAGUGACGAGCGUGAGGGUUUUGAGCCAAGUCAUUCCUCAGAGGAGGGAUCAGAAUCUGUAUUCAUCCUGGAGGAAUCCGAUGUGCUAUGAAGCUCUUUUUUCACAGAUGUCC